GACAUGGCUCGUUGGAUGAAACCAGAGGUGUACCCGCUGCUGGCAGCCAUGACGUUUGUGACAAGCAUGUGCGUCUUUCAGAUCACCAGGAAUGUUCUCAUGAAUCCUGAUGUCAGAAUUAAGAAAAGCAACCGAGCCUCAGCUGUUUUGGAGAAUGCAGAGGAAGGCUACAAGUACAGCCAACAUGGUUUUCGCAAGUUUCUUAGCGAUCGCACACCUCAAGUCUUUCCUGCACUCAAUAGUUUCUUCUCAAAGACUGACAACUGA